CUGUUGGACAUUCAAGACAGGCAUGUAUUCACACGAUCUAAAAAUAGCAUUGUAAAAUACGAACUCAUACUGUGUAGACUAGACUGUAGGCUGAAAACAGCAUCGAUAGCUUCUGUAUUGUUAUUAUUCGCGUAGCUUGAGGCAAAUGAAUAAGUAAUAAACUCCGAUUAAUUGAUAGAGAUCAUACAUCAACUUCAAUCCGUUUUUAUCUGAACAGUUAUCAAUUGGAAAUGUCAAACCAACCCUGAUUAAGCGGAAAUCAGAACAUGCCAGAAUAAGGUGGGAAAAGUAUUGAUUAACAAUGGCGAAGUUAACAACAUAGCAACCUAUUGGAAAAUAGUUCACUCCGUUUCAUGCAAGGAGAAACUCGUGGGGAGUAAAGCAAGAUAAUAAUUUUAUUCUAUUCAUUUGCUGGCAAGAGUUUUGGAAGAAAAAUGAUACAACAGUUAUUAUCGUCACUCCUGGUCUUUGUUCUUUGUGUGCCACAUUGUCAUGGGGGCUGUGCAGAGGUGGACUCCAUGACAGAGGCAGUGGCCGGGGAGAGCUUCCUCAUGGGCUGCAUCUCCUGUAAGAGGAGAGAGGAGGUCCAGGCCCAAACCACGGUUGACUGGCACUUCAGAGCCACAGGAGAGGAGGAGUAUAUCCACAUCUUUCACUAUGACCACCCACACCCCAACACCCUCCAUGAAGAAUUUAAUGACCGGCUAGAGUGGCAAGGAACAAUGGGGAGUAAGGAUGUACAGAUAGGAGCCAUCUUCAUUCACAACGUCACAUUUAAUGACACAGGCACCUACCGCUGCACCUUCCAGCGCACCCUCUUCCUCCCAUUGGAUAAUGAAUAUAUCACAGUGGAAAAGGAGGUGGAGCUUACUGUGGUGGCCGAAGCCAAUCGGGAGCUGUUGUCGGUGGUGUCAGAGAUCAUGAUGUACGUGCUAAUUGUGGUGCUGCAGCUGUGGAUGAUCGUGGUGCUGAUCCACUGCUACAACAAGAUCUGGGCUGAACAUGAGGCACGGGAUGCCCGCAAAGCCCUGAGGGCCCAAAAACUGGCCCUAAUAAAAGAAGCUUUAGACUCAAAGGACAAUUGUGACGGAGUGCUUCUGGAGUGACUUGUUUCAGUAAACAUCAAAGGUGGAGAACUCUGUCACAAGCAACUGUUACCACUACACUACAAGGCUAUUAUAUCAUAGAAAUAGAAUGUGAAUGUCUUAGCAUAGUGUGUAACACAUGCAGUUUACAAUGUACUUGAUUUACUGUACCAGGUAGUUGCAGCUGGUGUGAGUGGUGAUGAGAUUAACAGGUGGUGGCGAAUAGCCUUAGUGUGUCAGCUCAACAGAGAAUGUCAUCACGUGAUGGAUCAACAGUUCUGACAAAGCUCUGAUUACAGAUGGUUCCACCUGAGCUACAUAGAAAGCUUUGGCAGGAACAACCGUGCAUCUACAUAGGUCUCAUCUGCAACCAUGUUAUUACAGAUUUUUUAAAUCGCUAUUUUCACAAGUAUGUGGUACAUUUUCAGAACUCUUAGAACAAAAUACCAAACUGGUCACACUUGUAAUGCAGCAAGUCUUUCAUUCAAAACCUGUCAUUGUCCAUUCAUUUGGAUUAUAAA